GACAGUGGGGGGAAAUAUGGCCGCACGUGCAUGCAUACCAUGGGAAAUUAUGCAUACCAUCGGAAAAUCUACUGCCCCUCCUCCCACCACCGACGCAAAUCACACAAUACAAGAAAAAGAAAAGAAAAAAAAAAAUUAAAAUCUCUUAUUUAGUUUGUGGUGGGUAAUCGGCAAUGGCUUUGGCCUUGCCACCACUGAGACCAUUGUCCUCCUCUGCCUCGGCGGCGCCGUCAUCCUCUUCUACUUCGUUCAACUACCGCCCUGCCGUCAUUCUUCCUGGCUUAGGGAACAAUUCAAGCGACUACAACAAGUUGGAGGUGACUUUAAAACAGCACUACGGCGUCCCCACCGUCGUUGCCAAGGUGUCAAGGCUUGAUUGGCUCAGAAAUGCCGCCGGUCUGGCGGACCCCAACUACUGGAGCGGCACACUCCGUCCUCGCCCAGUCCUCGAUUGGUACUUGAAGAGGGUAGAUGAGGCUGUUCGGGAGGCUAAGGAGCUGGCUCAAGGUGGGACUUUAUCCUUGAUUGGACACUCAGCUGGAGGAUGGCUUGCACGUGUCUACAUGGAAGAAUUUGGACUGUCCCAUAUUUCCUUGUUAUUGACUCUUGGAACCCCCCAUCUGCCGCCUCCAAAAGGUGUGUCGGGAGUUAUUGAUCAAACAAGGGGUCUCCUGGAUUAUGUUGACAAAUAUUGCUCAAAAGCUGUGUACACUCCUCACCUGAAAUAUGUAUGUAUUGCUGGGAGGUACAUCCAAGGGGCUCGGAUCUUUCGCAAUUCAUCUGUAGAUGUUGUGUCUGCAAUUCCUAAUAACAAUGCUCACUCAAUUUCUGAGGUUGCUACUGUCAAUGAUGUCAGCCCAUCAACAUCAAAUGCAACAGCCUUUCGUGCGCGCUUUGUCGGCCAAGGGUACAAGCAGGUUUGUGGGCAGGCAGAUGUAUGGGGUGAUGGGGUUGUGCCAGAAGUAUCAGCCCAUUUGGAGGGUGCAUUUAACAUUAGCUUGGAUGGAGUUUACCACUCACCAGUUGGUUCAGAUGAUGUGUUGAGACCAUGGUAUGGUUCUCCUGCUGUUGUGGAGAAAUGGAUACACCACCUCCUUAACUAAUGGAUGUGGAAGAUAACUUUAACUCGGUCAUGUAAUUUUGAUUCUUUGAGAAAGCAUAGAUUGCAAUAUUCUUUGACAUCUAGACAAUCUGUCAAGUAACCAAUUCAUUAAGAAGUACUUGGUUUCA